AUGCGUAAUCAAUCUAUUCUUUCCUUCGCGCUGGUCGCAUUUGCCUCUACCUCCCUUGCUACUUCAUCUGUGGUUGAGAGAGGCAUGCCAAUCGAGGACCUUCAUGCUGCAAUUGUUUCCGCUGGUGCAGAAUUCGACCAGCUAACAGCGCGUGGCCAAGCUGAAUUUGCCUCCCUCGCUGCCUCUGCAGUUGAAAGAGAUGUAGAAGAGCGAGCAAACGAUGCCGCCUCACUACUUGCCCUCCUACCAGCAGGCCAUGGUUCCUCGAAACGUGAGCCAGAAGAGGAAUCCAAAAGAGCCGACAGUGCCGCUGGCCUUCUUGCUCUCCUUCCAGCAGGACAUGGCUCUGACAAGAGAGCCGAUAGUGCAGCUGGUCUUCUUGCUCUCCUUCCAGCAGGACAUGGCUCUGACAAGAGGGCUGAUAGUGCAGCAGGCCUUCUCGCUCUUCUUCCAGCUGGCCAUGAAAAGCGUGAACCAUCUGAAGAGGAGGUUAAGAGGGCUGAGAACGCCGCUAGUCUUUUAGCUCUUCUCCCAGCAGGCCAUGGCGCUGACAAGAGAGCCGAAACUGCCGCUGGCCUUCUUGCUCUCCUUCCAGCAGGUCAUGGCUCUGAUAAGAGAGAUAACGCAGCUUCUCUCCUCGCAUUGCUUCCUGCUGGUCAUGGUUCCGACAAACGCGAGCCAUCCGAAGAGGAGGUCAAGAGGGCUGAGAGCGCCGCUGGCCUUCUUGCUCUUCUCCCAGCAGGACAUGGUUCUGGUUAG